CCGGCGGCCGCGCGGCACGGUGGCCGGGCGCGGGGAGUCCCCGGGUCCCCAGAACAGCGCUGUGCGAGGCGCGGCCGCGGGGCGCGCGCGGCCUGGGGGCGCCCGGGAGAAGGGGGCGCGGCGGCGCGGUCCCGCCCCUGCCCGGCCCCCGGCCCCUCCGCUCGGCGCGCGGCUCCAACCUGGGCUGGCGCUCCCGGCGCUCCCGGCGCUCCCGCACCCCGCGUCCUGCGAGCUCCCCGCACCCCGCGUCCCCGCGGCCGGGCAUGUAGCAGCGGCCGCCGCGGCGGAAUAUGGGCGGGAACCACUCCCACAAGCCCCCCGUGUUUGACGAGAAUGAAGAAGUCAACUUUGACCAUUUUCAGAUUCUGCGGGCCAUUGGCAAAGGGAGUUUUGGAAAGGUGUGCAUCGUGCAGAAGCGAGACACCAAGAAGAUGUACGCCAUGAAGUACAUGAACAAGCAGCAGUGCAUCGAGAGGGACGAGGUGCGCAACGUCUUCCGGGAGCUGCAGGUCAUGCAGGGGCUGGAGCACCCCUUCCUGGUCAACCUGUGGUACUCCUUCCAGGACGAGGAGGACAUGUUCAUGGUGGUGGACCUGCUGCUGGGGGGGGACCUGCGCUACCACCUGCAGCAGAGCGUGCAUUUCACUGAGGGGACCGUGAAGCUGUACAUCUGUGAGCUGGUGCUGGCCCUGGAGUACCUGCAGCGGCACCACAUCAUCCACAGGGACAUCAAGCCGGACAACAUCCUGCUGGACGAGCACGGGCAUGUUCACAUCACGGACUUCAACAUAGCGACGGUGGUGAAAGGAGCAGAGAAGGCCUCGUCCAUGGCCGGCACCAAGCCCUACAUGGCCCCGGAAGUCUUCCAGGUGUACGUGGACGGAGGCCCCGGCUACUCGUACCCUGUCGACUGGUGGUCCCUGGGCGUCACGGCCUACGAGCUGCUGCGGGGCUGGAGGCCCUACGAGAUCCACUCGGCCACGCCCGUCGAUGAGAUCCUGAACAUGUUCAAGGUGGAGCGUGUCCACUACUCCUCCACGUGGUGCAAGGGCAUGGUGGCCCUGCUCAAGAAGCUCCUGACCAAGGACCCCGAGAGCCGCCUGUCCAGCCUCAGUGACGUUCAGAGUGCACCCUACCUGGCUGACGUGAACUGGGACGCGGUGUUCGAGAAGGCGCUGACGCCCGGCUUUGUUCCCAAUAAAGGGAGAUUGAACUGUGACCCCACGUUCGAACUUGAAGAGAUGAUUCUAGAAUCCAAGCCCCUUCACAAAAAGAAGAAGAGGUUGGCAAAGCACAGGUCCAAAGAUGGCACCAAGGACAGCUGCCCCCUGAAUGGACACCUGCAGCAGUGUUUGGAGACCGUGCGGAAGGAAUUCAUCAUAUUCAACAGGGAGAAGCUCAGGAGGCAGCAGGCACCCGGCAGCCAGACCCUGGACGCGGAGAGCCGAGCGGUGAGUCAGACGCAGAGCAAGCUGCAGGACGGGUGCAACAACAACACCCUGGCCCACGCCUGCUCCCGGGGCUGCAGCAGCUAGACCUCCACCUGCAGAGGCCCAGCGGGCCCAGGCGCCUCUGCCCUGCCCACCCAGAGUCUCCAUCUCAUCCCGGAAACAUCAGAUGCAGAAAGAGACCUGGACUCGGAGCUGGGAAGUCUGGGUCCCAGUCCCUGUGUCCCAUGGAUUCACUGUGUGACCUUGGACAAGUCACACCCUCUCUGUGCCUCCGUUUUCUGCAUCUGCCAAAGGGGUCAAACAGCUCUCUGCCCCACUUCCAAACACAAGAUUAUUGUGAGAAUCCAGUUGGCUAGCAGACAUACAAAACCUUAGGCAUUUGUAAAAUUAUCUAUACGUGCAACACAUAAUCUCAGAUCUGAAGUGCACUCCUAUCCCCAAAGCAAUGAGACCUUUAUAACCUUGCACUUGAGCCCGUCCUCCCUUAUCAGAUGGCAGUCUUGAAGACAGCAGCCCCGAGGACAAAGUAAGUGUCGGACACAUCUGCCCUCCUACAGAAACACUGCCCCCAAGUGCUGGAGCAACCCUGGCGGGUCUUCACUCACUUUCUUGGCUGGCCAGACUUCCUGCUGCCUGGAAGGGUGCAGACCAGCCUGGUCCUCAAGGUCGCCAUGCUGCAGAUGUGCCCCUCCUGGGGGUUCACCGAUGUCCUGCCUGCCUAGUUCAGCAGUCUCUGCUCCCUCCUUCCUGCCCCCUCUGAACGCCCUUUGCUGGAGUCAGGUCAUUUACUCCCAGUGUCCUCCAGGACCCCAAAACCCAGCCCUACAGUAGAACUCCCCACCCCCCUGUGCGCCCAGGUGUUCCUUCUCAGGAGGUGUGUAGACAGGCUAGGGGGCCUCGCCGUACAGAGGGCACCUGACUGGCACUGACAGGCAGCUUCCUGUUUCUGCAUUAGGGAAUGGGCAUGUUUGGAAAAUCUGUGCUAGAAGGAAGGUGGGUUCCUCCAAAACAAAGGUGGAUUCCCCCAAAACACAGACUGCGUUCUGGCCUAGUCAGGGGACAGCUGCCAUUGAGCUGCGAGGUGCUGAGACUUGGCAGUGAACCUGGCUGCAUGGUCAGCAGGCUUGCGGAAUCCAGCCCCGCUGCUGGUCGACCAGAAGACCGCGGGCCGGUCACAUGAUCACCCAAGCGCCAGUUUCCUCACUUUAAAAUGGGAAUAAAAAGACCACCCUGGCAGGGCUGCCACGGGGUCCAUGGGCUCCUGCAUGUGAUGUCUGGUGGGGUGGACAGCCCACUGAACGCCACCAUUGUCAUCUCCAUUGUCGCUGCCCCAGCACCGUCGGCAUUGGGACAGACCAUCCUGCCCGGCCGCCUGGGCAGGCUGGUUUCCUGAGGCUGGUUUCCAGCCCUGAUCACCUUUGGGAUUCUUUCCAUUUCCCUCCCUGGAGGCCUUGUGUCUGUGCACCCUGCAGAGUCCAGUUGUUCUUACUCUUUUAUCAAGUUCCCAUUUUUUCAUUUUUUACAUGAGAUAAAUGGAUCCUCGGGGCUGUCUGGGUCAUCCCUAGAUUCUUAAGGGACAUUUUAACACGUGACAAGGUUUUAUAUUUUAUUUAGAAAAAGAAUCUUUGUUUCCCUCCUUGGGACUGAGGCUGUGUCCAACCUGUUUCGCCCACAUCAGUCUGAGUGCUCUGCCCACUAUCUGGUCUUUGGUCCCCAUCAGCACCCUCCAAGAAAAUGUCCCCUCCAAAAAGUAAUGGCCACCCGUCUCUUCACUGUGACCUGGGCCGUUACGAUUUCUCACUGGGCAGAGUCACGAGGUGGAGUCGGAGCUGGGAGCAGCCCAAGGGACAGUGGAUUUCCUGGCUCUGUUCAAGUCUGUGUUCCUUAUUGAGAAUAAACUAU